GUUACAGCAUGGAUAUAUUAAAUUAAUUGAGAUAUUUGUAUUCUGCCAAAGAGGUAGCGGAAGACAGCACUUUGUGUUUUAUUCAGGUUUCUGUGUAUUUCAUUCCAAGCUGCCCGUUUCUGUAAGUAAUGCCAUUCUUCACUUCCACAGCACCAUCAGAAACUUCGACUGCAAGUGCACAGACCACCACUGCAGCAGUGAGUUCUGCAUCAACAUUAACAAGUCCAACAGCACAAACAACGGCGAGCAGCUCCACUCCAGCAUCGACAGCUGAAUCAACGACAAUCACAACAACACAAGCUACUGCAACAAGUGCAGAAACCACAACUGCAAGUGUGCAGAGCACCACUGCCGCAUCGAGCACUGCAUCAACUCUCACGUCAACAAGUGCAGCAGAAUCAACAACUACAAGCAUCUCCACUCCAGCAUCGACGGCUGAAUCAACAACAAUCGCAACAACACAAGGCAUGACAACAAAUGCUGAUUAUCAUAAUACAUGUUUAUGUUGCAACCUGAUACCUUGAAAUGUAAAGCAGGAUUAUGUCUAUCUACAGAAAUAAAAACAAAAUAGUGCAUUUUUGCUGA